UUUAGUUGUUCUCUUGGGGCCUUACCACCUGCUGCCAGAGACUACACAAAAGACAACAGACAGUAGACAGCCGAUCUCUGCAUCCCCUCCCUGCCAAAACCAUCCUUUGCUUCCUUCACUGCUGCCCAGGAUGUUCUCUAAAGAUUUUUAUUUCUUGUUUUGUAGCACCAGGCCUCAAAUUCACGUUUCAUACAUGCCAGGCAAACUAAGCUGUAUCCCAGCCUCUGACCUGCUUAGCACAUAAACUACAUGUGGGGAGAACCUGCUUGGGUGGGGCUGGAGCCUUUGAUAAGACUGAAAAAAAAAUGAGUAAGAACUUAGGCAGAAAGUGGGUAUUCAGAACACAAAAGAAAUAGCAAAGUGUCAGAGCCCUGGAGACCCUGGAUGCCUCUUUGCCAGCAAAGCCCUCUUGGCAGUUGGCUGUGAAUGUCUCCUAGGAAGGGGUCUUCAUUGUAGCCUGGCUUUAUUGGCCUAGAAAACCACAUGUCAGUGGCUGUCAGAGAGAUGUUACCAGGAUGGCAGAGGAAAAUGCUUCUGUUCUGGGACACACCGGACAGGAGAAGCAGAGGCCAGCAGGCUGAGGCCACCUUUUUGCCCUUCACCCAGCAGUGUACCCGAAGGUGCUGAGGCUACCUUGGGGGACGUUGAGGGGUCUGCUGUUUCCUGAUUGUGUGAGGAGCCAAAGCGUGUGGGUAGAGCUGAGCUCAGGAACAGCACAAAAUGGGCAGGAGGGGGAGGUCGCGCAUGGGGCACGAGGCUAAGAGCAGGAGCCCAGAGCCCUUCCAGCAAAGCCUUGGGAACCUCUUUCAGUGGUCUGGGCUGAAGACAGUAAGGGAGGCGCACUCUCCUGGGAACUCUUCCCAUGGGGGUAGGGCUUACAGGUCCAAGGGAAUCCAGGCUGUGCCCAGGGAAGAGCCCGAAACCCCGGCAGUGGAACCACGUGCCUGCAGCGUGCUUCUGCAUGGAGGUGCAGCACUUGGCCCUGGUGGACUCUUGGGUGACGUGGUCACCACCCCACACAGGUGUUUUCUAUUGGUGAUGGUGGGCAUAGAGUCACCUAAACUUGAGGUGUCUUCCCUUCCCUGAGCCCUUCCCAGAGGCAAGGCAAUUUGGAUAAACACUCUGGGCUCCCAUACCAUGGCUCUGUGCUGGCCCUUCAAGGCCCUGCUGGUAUCCCUAGUGUGCCCCUCCCCAUCUUGCUGUGCCAUGGAGGGUCCUCCUGCCUCAGCCUUAGGGGGAAUCAAAACCUGCAAAAGAAGGAGGAUCCUAGUCUAGAACCAGGUGUGAAGAAGGAGGCAAUUUGGGGGAUAUGGAGGAAGUCAGAUCGGAAGGGAGAGAAGACCAGGACAGGUCCCUUGCAGCCCCUCCCAGCAUGGUGUCUGUUCCCUUGUCUGGGUGCAACCUGAGCAACUGAACAUGACAGCCACCAGCCAUGGGUGAGGGACAGGACAGGACAAGGCUGGGAAACCUGUGGUAUGUGUACCCAGCAUGUGCCUCCUAGCCCCUGGCCUUUGUAGGGGAGGAGAGAGCACUUGUGGCUGAGGAAGCUGGGAGUCAGCAGUGUGGGCAGAAGGGGAAGGAAGAAUGGGGGAGCCUGCAGGACCUGGGGAUAGCACAGAGCCUCUGGCUGUGGGGCUGGACAAACAGCCCUGGGAUCCACAGAACAACACACAGGCCAAGAACCGGCUGCGUGUGGAUUUAAUAGUCUCCUGACAGCCCUGUAAGGUGGCCUGCUGAGGAAACUAGGCACUAGGAGGUGCAGUGGCUUCAAUCAGGAAGGGCAGGGUUUGAGCCCAGCCUGAGAGCCCCGCGUCCUGUGUCCCGCUGUGGGACAUGUCCCCCAUGCUGUUAGCAAGGCCUCUUGGAGCCAGGCCACCUAGGCAGUGUCCCUUCCUCAAGAUGGGCUGAUGGGGCCAUGCAAUGUCUGACUGCACCAAGAAGAUCGUCGAGAAAAGCUCCCGAGGCAGGCCCAUACUGAAUCUAGAUCUGGGCUCCUUUUAUAUACCCCACUGCCCUUUGGUCAGAGUCUGGGGCUCCCAGGAAGGGACACAGGCAUUAGUCCAGUCACUAUGGAGGAUCAGCCCCACAGGAAGGGACCCUGAGAUCUGAAGAGGCCUCCUGCGGCCCUGUUUCCUCCUAAUCAAGCUGGCCAAGCCAGCAGGGCCUCAGCUGUGCAUGGGAGCUGGAAUUUGACCCCUGUGGUUGUGGCCUGGUCUCCAUGGCAGCCCGGGGUUUAUUACCCAGUCUCCACCCAGCUCAGCAGACGGACUUUCGACUUGAAGCCAGAGGAGAGGAAACUGAGAAUGUAGUUCUGAGAAGAGCUGCCGGAGCCCCAAGAUGGCCAAGUAUCUUUCCCAGGACCAAAUUAAUGAGUACAAGGAAUGCUUCUCUUUAUAUGACAAGCAGCAGAGGGGCAAGAUAAAAACCACUGACCUCCUGGUGGCUAUGAGGUGCCUGGGGGCCAGCCCAACACUAGGGGAAGUGGAGCAGCACCUGCAGACCCACAGGAUAGAUAGAAAUGGAGAAUUAGAUUUCUCCACCUUCCUGACCAUUAUGCACACACAAAUAAAACAAGAGGACCCAAAGAAAGAAAUUCUGCUGGCCAUGUUGAUGGCAGAUAAAGAGAAGAAAGGUUACAUCAUGGCAUCUGAGUUGCAGUCAAAACUCAUGAAUCUGGGGGAGAAGCUCACCCAGAAGGAAGGCUCGGAGGACACUGCUCUCUCUGCACCAGCAGGGGAAGCAUCGACAGCAGGUGGAGGAGCUUUUCAAAGCAGGAGGUAUUGAGCCACGUGGCCAAGUGAAGUACGACGAGUUCAUCCAGAAGAUCACCCUGCCUGUGCAAGACUACUGAACAUGCAGUGUGCAAAGGCAUCUCCCUGGGCCUGAAAGCCUAGACUCAUUAUUAAUGUUUUAAAAGGGCAGUAUUCUUUUUCACUCUAGGGAGAUGACAAACUACAACGAGAUAUUAGGCUCCCAUAGCCAGGGAUAACUCACAAUCAAUGAUUUCUGUCAUGGUAUUAGCAUGUUUUUAAUAAAAGAUUUGCACGGAUCUUCA